AUGGCGGUAACUGGUGUUUCUUCUUUCCAGCAUGUGUUGGCUUCUUUCAAGACCAAACUUGAUCCAAAGCUUGUUUCCGAAUUUGAGAUGACCUCGCUCAAAGACUUGAAGCGCGCAAUAUCUGUCAUCCAGAACAAACAAGCCUCGGAAAGGCGUGUGCAGAACAUGCGACGUCUAAGUCGCUUCCUUGAAGGCAUGGAACAAUACGGAAAGGUUAUUGAGGUGUUCCUCAAUGUCACGGACUUUCUGGCAUUUGUUUGGGUCGCUAGUAACUUCACAGAGGCAUUCAGCAAGUUGCUUGAUACGUACGAGGUUAUUGGAGAAAGCCUGCCAUUACUCAACAAGUGUCAGGGGGUUCUGGAAAAUACUCCUUACGUAUAUCAAGCAUUGGAGUCUAUCUAUCUCGACAUCCUUGAAUUUCACGAGCAUACGCUCCGCUAUUUCACAAAGCCGAUGUGGAAGCAGAUCUUCCAGGCAACUUGGCCCACUUACAAAUCACGAUUUGAGCGAAUAGUGACCAAUUUGAAUCGACACAAACAGCUUCUAGAAGGGCGUGUGACAUUCUCGCAGCUGGAGAGCGUAAUCUCAACUGGAUUCAAAACAUUGGAAGAAUUCGAAAAGCAAAGAGAAGAUGAAAAAAUAUCAAAGCAUCGAGCAGUGCAAUGUUGGCUCAGAAGUGCCGAUGUCGAAACUGACCAGGAAACUCUUGCACGCGUUCGAUCUGGUAACCCAGAAACCGGAAAUUGGUUGUUUUGCCACGGUCUAUUUCAAACUUGGCAAGAUUCAAUUGCUCCGACCCCGCUCCUUUGGCUAAGUGGUAUUCCAGGUGCUGGAAAAUCCGUACUCGCCUCAUUGAUCACCGAGAAAUGCCGAAAAGCGACUUCUCAAACGACGGUUUGGUUUUAUUGCAGACACGGCGAUAAAGAAAGAAACACGUUCAUUGCGUUAGCGAGAAGUCUGAUCUCCCAGCUGCUACAAAACGAUAUGGACUUGUUGCCCUACAUAUACGAGAAGAUGUGCUCCAGAGGAGAACAGAUUCUUUCCUCGGAAGUGUUAGCAAAGGACUUGCUGGAAACACUUCUCAAAAACUGUCGCGGACUUUAUAUGAUAAUUGAUGGCGUUGACGAAUGUUCCCAGACAGAGGAGAAGAAAAUCAUUCAAUUAUUACGCUCUGCAAUUGAGAUUUCUAACAACGGAGCAUGUCACACACGAUCUGUCUUCAUUUCACAACGCGACGCGGUCACAACAAAGCUUCUGCAUGAUCUUCCAACAAUUGCCAUAACAUCAUCCCAUAACCGGACAGAUAUCAUUGCCUUUGUAUCAUCGUGGGCAUUGGAAAUUCAGCACAAGUUCUGUAUCACCGAUGAAGUCAAGAAACGCAUAAUCGAGCUUGUGGUGGAGAAAGCACAAGGAAUGUUUCUGUUUGCGAAGCUUGUGAUGCCAUCCUUAUUCUCUCAAAUUUCACGGGAGAGGUUAUUUGAGGAGAUUAAUAAUAAGGGAAUCCCAAACGGACUUGAAGAUGCUUAUUCUCGCAUCUUGAGUACUACUAUACAUCAAACUUCACAACCCGAAGCAAUCCAGCUAUUGGCAUGGCUGUUAAAAUGGCGUGAAAUCCAAGCUGCAGUCUCAAUCGACCUCGAGGAUGAGACUGUAGAUUUCCAUGGCCGGCAGUGGAUGCUGAACUCAAAGGAUCUAUGUGGUUCGCUUGUUGAAACAAGAACCGAUGGCUCCCUCGAACUUGUCCAUACGACUGCCAAGUUCCCUCGUAGCUAUUUGAUCAACCAUGGCAUUGUCAACGUCAUGCAAGAAGAGCUCAAAAUGGCAUCUCUUUGUCUAGGUUAUCUGGGUCUUCCUGGAUUCGAAAUGCUCCUCACGGACUCUUCGGUCGAGGAUCUUUUGAAGAUUGGAUAUUAUGCUUUUCUUGAUUAUGCAGCUUGUUAUUGGCCAGGUCAUCUUGAAGCUUCUCUAGUAGGCUGUGUCGAUGAGGAAACUGUCAAUCCUAUAGUUUGUGUUCUUCAAAGGUUUUUGGAUUCGCACUACCGAGAACCCGGGGAAAUGGUUGAAACUCAACUCCCCACAAAUCAGAUGCUCGAUCAGCUCCAAGAACACAACAUUUGGACAUCAUGGAGAUCUUUUACAAAAUUACGUCGGGCUUUUAUAUCUACGCAAAACCAGAUCCAAUCUUACGGAGAAGAUGCAGCCCUAAAUGAUGCGCUCGACAUCCCCGAUAUUGUCGCACGAGUUCGAGGGACUCUUGAAUACGCUGCGUCAAGUUUACUAAAUACAUGGAACGAUCACGAUCAGAAAAUGUUCAACUUCUUCUAUGGAGACGAGGUGUACAAAUGUCCUCGGAUGAGCUGUGACUAUUUUCACCGUGGCUUCAAGUCUCCCGAGGAAAGAGAGGUACACAUCCAAAAGCAUACUCGUCCGUUUUGCUGCUCCUACCCCGGAUGUUUGAGAACAGCUCUUGGGUUCCUUUCCAAAGCUGAGCUACGGAAACAUAUUGCAAAGACACAUGAAACAGCCAUUCGAGAAGAUCGCAAUUUCUCUCCAAAUCGGAAGAAGCCAGUUCUGCAAUGUAGUGCUUGUCAGCAAGAAUUUUUGCAGCCAGCAAAGUUUCGCAAUCACCGCUGCGAAAACCGCCGGUCUCUUCAGCAGGUCACUGCCCAAAAACAGCCUGAAAAUGGGAUACCGAUGGUCGACGACCUUAGCACGCUUUCAGCCCAAGAUCUUGACCACGUCUCUCGACUGGCAAACGAGAUGUUGAAUAAAGCCAACCCGGAAGAUAUAAAGACAAUUCAACUGAACCUGUCAAAUAUGACACCCGAGCAGCGCGAUUACCUGGCACGGAAGAACCUCGAACCAAUGACUUAUUUCUUCCGCUCACAGGCGCUCAACCAGAUCAGACGACAUCGUCGCGCUCGUCUGGAAAGGGGGAAACUCUCCCAACCAUAG